AAGUGUCAAGAGCAGGAAAGCGUAUUCCGGAGUUAGCAUGUAGCCUCCCUGCUUCCGGUGUGCGCUGUCUUAAUCUGUUGUGCUACGAGACCCACUUGAAGUGUCCGGGCUGGAGCUCAGAUUUCUCUUUGGAUUGACGCCAGAAUCUAAACCUCAUGAGUACCCAAAGGUCAUCAAGGAGACGAUGUGUGGAAAAUCAUUCAGAACGUUCUUUGGGUUGUGAGCACACUCCCAGAACAAUGUACGCAUUAAGCAAGUUUGUAGAAUUGCCAACUCCUCCACUAUCACGGCAUCAGUUGAAGAGAUUGGAGGAACAUCGUUACAAAAGUUGUGGAAAAUCAUUGUUGGAGCCGUUAAUGCAAGGAUUUUGGGAAUGGUUGGUAGCACAGGUUCCAAUGUGGAUUGCACCUAACCUCAUCACCAUUUUAGGACUUGUUGUCAAUAUCUUUACAACAGUAGUGUUAGCAUGUUACUGCCCAACAGCAACAGAACAGGCCCCAACGUGGACAUACAUAUCUUGUGCUGUUGGCUUAUUUAUUUACCAGUCCUUGGAUGCCAUUGAUGGGAAGCAAGCAAGGAGAACUAACAGCAGUACUCCGCUAGGAGAGCUUUUUGACCAUGGGUGUGACUCUCUUUCUACAGUGUUUGUGGUUUUGGGAACUUGCAUCGCUGUACAGCUUGGUACACACCCAGACUGGAUGUUCUUCUGCUGCUUUGCAGGCAUGUUCAUGUUCUACUGUGCUCACUGGCAAACAUAUGUAUCUGGAAUGCUGCGAUUUGGGAUAAUUGAUGUGACUGAAGUUCAGAUCUUCAUAAUAAUCAUGCAUUUAUUGGCUGUGAUCGGUGGACCAGAUUUGUGGGAAUCAAUGAUUUCAGUGCUGAACAUCCAAGUAAAACUUGUUCCAGCCUUCUGUACUGUUGCUGGCACCAUAUUUUCUUCUAUCAAUUAUUUCCGAGUUAUCUUUACCGGUGGUGUUGGGAAGAAUGGAUCAACAAUUGCAGGGACCAGUGUUUUGUCUCCAAUGCUACACAUUGGCGCCGUCAUUAUUUUAGCGACAAUGAUUUACAAGAAAUCAGCUGUACAGCUUUUUGAGAAGCAUCCGUGCCUUUACAUUCUUGCGUUUGGAUUUGUUUCUGCAAAAGUGACAAAUAAGCUAGUGGUUGCACACAUGACAAAAAGUGAAAUGCAUUUGCAUGAUACUGCUUUCAUCGGACCCGCCUUGUUGUUUCUAGAUCAGUAUUUUAACAGCUUCAUAGAUGAAUACAUUGUACUGUGGAUUGCUUUGGUACUUUCACUCAUCGAUUUGAUCCGAUACAGUGUGAGCGUCUGCAAUCAAAUAGCUUCUCAUCUUCACAUUGAAGUUUUUAGGAUAAAAACAACUGGCUCACAUUCUAACCACCAUUAAGUGACCUAAACCAAGGAGGAGAAAUGCAUGAUUCAUAAGAGAAGACAUGGCAAAAUCCAAAACAAAUA